AUGCUCACCACCUUUCUUCAUGUGGUGCUCAUUGUUGCUGGACUCAUUGGCCUCCUCGGAAUCAAGCAGCGGCGCAUUCGACACAUACCGACCCGUCGCACCCACAUCACGCGGCGCAAUGCUGAGGGUACGCUGUGGCUGCAGCGGUUUGUGAAUGCAGUCUUGGACAUGCUCCACAGCGCUCUGGCUGAGCAGCAGGCAAGCGAGUCAGCGGAGGCAGCCGCGGCACGAGGCGGCGCGAGCGACUGCUCCCCUCUUACAGGGCAGGUGCCUGGCGCACCGGUAGAGAAUGAUACUUCAGCGAAAUUCGCUGCGUCAGCGGGAAGCGACGGCACUGUGCGUCAAGACGACGCUGACAGCGUGAGCAGUGCCGAGGUGCUAUCGGAGCUGCCGUUCCUCAACGCCCUAAAGGUGCAGCUAGAGGAGCAGAUUAGCGCGCUGCUCGAAGACAAGGGUAUUGCCUCCUUCGCCGACUUCCGCGUCAAGGACUGGGGCGGCAAACCUCCGGUCAUUAAGGCAGUGUACCUCUCCCACGGAGGUGGUGGAAGCGGAGGCAGUGGCAGUAGUGCUACGAGUACCACAGGAGCCUCGGCGUCGUCCUUUGCCUCGCCUGCAACACCUUUGCCUCGCGGUCUUGGGAGCAUGACCUCCAUGGACAACAUAGUUGCUGGUGGCGUUGCAUCUGUGGCACAGCAGCGCGCCGCUGCAGGGUUGCCGCUGGGCAACACGAGUGGAUUAGGACAGCAGGCACACAAGCAGCUGCAGAAACAGCACUCACAGAUGCCGUCGCCCGUGUCGGGCGGCUCGUUCGCAUACUCAAGUCCAGAGCAGCAGAACGACGUCAGCGAGGACGCCUUGAACGCAGCUGGCUGCUCAGCAAUGAGUCCGUCAAUGCUGCCUAGCCUCCGGUACCGAAGCUCCGGCGAAGAAGCAGGUGUUACCGCAGUUGCAGGGACAGCUGCGCGUGAGCGCAGCUUGCCAGGUGUCAUGGCACACUCUGCUCCUCUUGGCCGUAGCGGUGAUGCGCACGGAGGAGCUGACACGAACUUGCCAGCAGCAGGGCCAUCCUCGGUGGUUACCGCAGCAGGAGUGACUACGGCGCGUACUUCCAGGGCGAGGGACACCACGGGCACAACGCGGUCCCUCUCCGUCCUGGACGCCGAGGUCGAGGUGGAGUACAGCGGCAACUUUAGUGUCUCCCUCAACACCGACCUCCCCAUCGCGCGCGGGCGGUAUCUGCAGGUGUAUGUGUCACUCAGCGAUGUGCGCAUGCUCGCCGCGCACGUGCGGCUGCGCCUCUCCCUAGAGUACGAGCCAGCCACGGUAGAGUCCCCCCAGCCACAACCUUAUCUGAGCGGCAGACUGUGGCUUCUUUCGGACCCGAUGUUCGACGCCGCCUUUCAUUCCACCCUCACGCAGUAUCACAUUCGCGACUUCUUCAUGGUACCAAUGCUGGUGAAGUUCUUUCUACUCCGGUUUGUGCGAACGAAGUUGCGACCUUCCUCACAGACGGUCACCUCCUCCUUCUCUCUUGGUAGUCAUCGCCGUCGCGCUGGCGCCGGUGUCAAUGAUAGUGGCGCCGCCGCUGGUGGUGCUGCCUCGGGAACAGGUGGUAAAAAGAACGGCAGCGGCUCUACAGGCAUGCUGGAUGACCUCAAGGACGAUGCGCAAGGUGGCGCGUCCGAGGAGUCAGGGCUUUCAUUCCGAGUUCAGCUCCCUGCUGACGUGGUGGAUGGUGGGGAGCAGUGUUGGUCGUCAAUGGCGCGUGACUCCAUGAGUGAGCAGCCCGUCCCCUUCACCAGCGCCUACUACGCCCGUUGA